AUCUACCCAUAAUGCUUCUGUCUUUGUGUCCACAAACAGGAGAGAGAGACGAACUGUCAACUUUUCGUGACAGAUACCAACAAAUGACAAAAUGAACGUUUGAUGAAAACUAUAUACUUGUAGAAACUCUUGUAGUUUAGAAGCCAAGAAGUAAAACCAUAACUUUUUGGCUAGAAGUUUGCGAAAAUGGCGAGUGCGACGAUGGACAAAAGUCAGUUUGUUGUGAAUGGAAAAUAUCGGCUGGUGAGAAAAAUAGGCAGCGGUUCCUUUGGUGAUAUUUAUUUAUCGAGGAAUGUGUCAAAUGGCGAGGAAUUAGCAGUGAAGUUAGAAUCACAUAAAGCUAGACACCCACAGUUAUUGUAUGAAAGCAAACUUUAUAAAUUAUUACAAGGAGGAGUUGGAAUACCACAUAUGAGAUGGUUUGGUUCAGAAAGAGAAUAUAAUGUACUGGUGUUAGAUCUACUUGGACCUAGUUUAGAAGAUUUGUUUAAUUUUUGUUCACGGCGGUUUACCAUGAAGACUGUUUUAAUGUUAGCUGAUCAGAUGAUCAAUAGAAUAGAGUUUGUACAAAAUAAAAAUUUUAUUCAUCGAGAUGUUAAACCAGAUAAUUUUCUAAUGGGUAUUGGUCGACAUUGUAAUAAGGUUUUUAUCAUAGAUUUUGGUUUAGCAAAAAAAUAUAGAGAUAGUAGAACAAAACAACAUAUAGUUUACCGUGAAGAUAAAACAUUAACAGGUACAGCUAGAUAUGCUAGCAUUAACGCACAUUUAGGUAUAGAGCAAAGUAGAAGAGAUGAUAUGGAAGCUUUGGGUUAUGUUCUCAUGUACUUCAAUCGAGGUUCUCUACCAUGGCAAGGUUUAAAGGCUGCAACAAAAAAACAAAAAUAUGAUAAAAUUAGUGAAAAGAAAAUGGCCACUCCUGUUGAAACACUUUGUAAGGGAUUCCCAGCUGAAUUUGCAAUGUAUUUAAAUUAUUGCCGUGGUUUACGGUUUGAUGAAGCUCCAGAUUACAUGUAUUUACGUCAACUAUUUCGUAUUUUAUUUCGAACAUUGAAUCAUCAGUAUGACUAUGUGUUUGACUGGACAAUUCUGAAACAGAAAGCCUUAGUUAGUCCUAAUCUAGUUAGACACAAUGGUUAUUAAAGAAUGUUAUUAAUGAAGAAUUCAAAUUCCAGGCUAAUCUCCAAACCAUUUUUGUUACAUAUCCACUACUUACACUGGUUAAAUCCAUCCUUCUCCAUGUAUCGCCUUAUGAUGAUGGAGGUUUAAAUGUAACGAUCUCAACAAUAUUUCAUAUCAAAAUUUCAUUUGUAAAUAAUACAUUUAAUUUCAUUGUGAUUUGUAAAGAUAAUUUUUGAAUUGGAAGAAUUAUUUAAGUAGUAAUUUCAUUGUGAUCUGUAAAGAUAAUUUUUGAAUUGGAAGAAGUAUUUAAGUAGUAAUUUCAUUGUAAAAGUAAUUUCUACUAACAUUCUCCUCCAGUGCCAUAGUGUGGUGGUUGAUAUUAUGUGAUACUGGUUGGUAUGAAUAGUGUAUGGGACCAUAACUGCAUCUGAGACUGCAUGGAUCACGUUUUUAGCUUGUGGACACUCAAGAGGUCACCAGUUUCUUCCAAUUUUGAUGAAACUUGAAAUGCAGGUUUAAAACUCAAAGAUCUUGGUUCCUUUCGAUAUUCACACAUAUCGGAUUGUAACUUCCUGAAUUAUGACCCUUGAUUGUACAAAAUAAUCAUGUUUUUAGAUUGUGGUCCCUCUAGAGGUCACAAUUUUUAUCCGAUUUAAAAAAAAAGUUCGAAUAUAUCACCGUUACACCAUAAUGUAUAUUAUGUUUGAAUUUUGCGAGAAUCCGAUCUAAAUGUCUGGACAAAAUGGCUGCCCAUUGUGCGCAAAUACUGUAAACAGUGGCAUAACACGUUGUGGACCCUCUAGAGCUCACAAUUUUUAGCCGAUUUUGAUGAAACUUGAAAUGCAUGUUUAUAACCCAAAGAUCUUGGUUCUGUUCAAUAUUCGCGCAUAUCAGACUAAUUUCCUGGAUUAUGGCCCCUGAUUGUACAAAAUACCGCAUUUUUUUAGCUUGUGGAUUCUCUAGCUAGAGGUUACAAUUUUUAUCCGAUUUUAAAAAUCGUUUAAAUUUAUCUCCAUUCCACCAUAAUGAAGGUUGAACUCGAAUUUCAGGAAAAUUGGAAUGAAAAUGCCCAACAAAAAGGUCGUUCUUUGUACGCAAAUUGUGUAAAAGUGUGUAACACGAAGGUUGUUGACCCUCUAGAGGUCACAAUUUUUAUCCGAUUUUGAUGAGACUUAAAAUAUAUCUUUAUAUCCCAAAGAUUUCAGUCCCUUUUAAUAGUUGGGCAUUUCAGACCCUGAUUGUACGAACCAAAAAAAAAUUUUUUUUAGCUUGUUCUCUAUCCAUCUCUUUCAAAAUGUGUGUAUCUGGCCUGGCAACAGCUGGUUGAUAAUUACUGUCAGAUUUUUGUCUCUUAAUCAAUUUGGAGAUGCUCUAAAGGCUAAAAUUAUUAUUCGAUUUACUUGAAAUUUAUACACAUUAUUGGUACAUGAGAUGUUGAUUUUUAAUAAUUUUGGUAACAGUUUUGAUAAUUACUACAUGGGUUAUUGCUCUUGUUCAGUGUUUAAUGUUUUACAAAUGCUUGCAUUACGUGCAAAAUAAUAAAUAUGCGACAACCUUUGUGGACUGCUCCAACGACUUAGCUACCAUGGACUUAGCUACAAUGGACGUAUUUUUCUAAUAUGUGUUAACCUUGUCAUGAAAUUUGGUUUUGUUAACUUAUAUUCUAAGAGUUUGGUUGUUAUCCUUGUUGUUAAGUUUUUUUCCAUUUGACAACUAUAGUAUAUAAUACAGAUUGUCAUGAAAAGGGUAGUCAUCUUAAGUGAUAAAAUAUGUGACAGUUUUCAAUUGAUAUCAUCUUAGGAUUACAGUAUAUAUAUAAUGGUAAAGCUUACUUAUGUUGUAAAUAUUCAUAUUUAAUCUGUAAAUUAUUCAUUUGUAAAUAUUAUUCAACCAUUAAUUUUAAAUAAAAUAAGAGCUCCUGUGGACUUAUGCCCACCAUUA